AUGCCCAAUAUGGUGUUUAUUGGAGGGAUCAACUGUGCAAAGAAAUCUCCCCUGUCUGCGGAUUUGGAGGAGUUUGUGGAGGGAUCCGGAGAACAUGGCAUCAUUGUGUUUACUCUCGGCUCGAUGGUGUCCAACAUGCCUUUGGAAAUAGCAAAACUCUUCUUUGAGGCUUUUGGGCAAGUCCCACAAAGGGUUUUGUGGAGAUAUGAUGGAGAAAUACCAGCUGAUGCCCCUAAGAAUGUGAUGCCGUUGAAAUGGCUGCCGCAAAAUGACUUGCUAGCCCAUCCCAAAGCACGACUCUUCAUGACCCACGGUGGCAUCCAUGGCACGUACGAGGGCAUCUGCAACGGCGUGCCCAUGCUCAUGUUCCCUCUGUUUGGAGACCAGCAGGACAACGUGCAUCGCAUGGUGGCCAAAGGGGUGGCAGAACAGCUCCUCAUCUAUGACCUGAGCACUGAAAGUCUGGUCACUGCACUCAAGAAGAUUCUCAAUGACAAGAGAUACCAGGAGAACAUGCAAACAUUAUCCAGCUUGCACAACGACCGCCCUGUGCCUCCUCUGGACUUGGCCGUGUUCUGGACUGAGUUUGUUCUGAGGCACAAAGGAGCCGAUCACCUCCGAGUGGCAGCACACAACCUCAACUGGAUCCAGUACUUUUGCCUGGACGUUCUGGGGCAGAGCAUGUUGGUUAUCCUGACUUCUGCAACAAUGGCUUCUUACUGCUUUGCCAUCAUCCUGUGCCUGAUCCCGCUCUCUGCGGGAGGUAACAGUGAAGUCGUUGGAGGGAAAAUUACAAAGCCUCACACAAGAAAAUACAUGGCCUCACUCCAGUUUUACGGGCAUCACAUCUGUGGUGGUUUUCUGAUCCAAGAAGACUUUGUGUUAACCGCAGCACACUGUACAUCAGUAACACCAAUGACGGUUGUUCUGGGAGCCCAUAACAUUACUAACAAGAAGGAGAGAAGUCAGCAGAGUAUUCAGGUGGACGAAUACAUCCAACAUCCGCAUUAUAGUGGGGGAUUUGAAUUUGAUAUAAUGCUUCUGAAGCUAAAGAAAAAAGCUAAACUUAAUGAGUUUGUACAAACUAUUGCUCUACCAAAAAAAGAUAAAAUUACAACUGCCCUCAAAGAAUGCUCAGUGCCUGGCUGGGGCAAAAUGCACCCCAGUGAAGGCAGCCCUGCUUCUGGUGUGCUCCGAGAAGCCGAGGAGACGAUUCAGUUCAACUUUGAAUGUAAAAAUAUCUGGCAACAGUUCUUCAACUCACAGCACAUGAUCUGCACCAAAUUCAACGAGACUGGAGGAAGCCUGUGCAAUGGUGAUUCUGGAGGACCUCUGAUUUGCAAAAACAAGCCUCUGGGAAUUACAGCUUUUACAAAACUGGGUAACUGCAAUGAUCAAAAGUAUCCUCAUGUCUUCACUAAGAUUUCCAGUUUCCUCCCGUGGAUUAAAAAAGUCACAGGAGGCCGGAGUGAAGAAAGCAAGACUAUGCCGAGAUAA